AUGAGGAGGGUACUAUGCGUCGCAGAGAAGAACGAUGUAGCAAAAGGAGUCGCAGCAAUAUUGUCAAAAGGCCAAAUGGUUCGUCGUGAGGGGCGGUCGAUGUAUAACAAGAUCUACCAACUAAAUGCGGACAUCCUGGGGCAGAAAGCAACGUUGUCCGUUACAAGUGUUUGUGGUCACCUUAUGGAACAUGUUUUUCCUCCAGAUAUGAAGAAUUGGAACCUUGUUCCAGUUCGUUCAUUAUUCGAUGCUCCUAUCUACAGUUCAAUCCCUGAAAGGAUGAAGGACAUUGCUACUACUUUGACAGAGGAAUCAGCGAAAUGCGAUGUUCUGGUAAUCUGGACAGAUUGUGACCGUGAAGGUGAAAGUAUAGGAGCUGAAAUUGCCAAAGUAUGUUUGAAGAGCAACCAGAGGCUUGAUGUGUAUCGUGCAAGGUUUUCAGAAAUUACUCCAAGAGCCAUUGAAUAUGCGGCAAGACAUCUAACCAGGCUUGAUCAGAACAUGAUUGACGCACCAAAGAAUUGCAACGUUGUUAUUUUCGGCAAACAAGUUGUUAGCUACGGAUCGUGUCAAUUUCCGACACUUGGUUUUGUCGUUGAGAGGUACAAAUCGAUCGAGAAAUUUGUCGCUGAGAGUUACUGGAAGUUAGUUGUUGAGCACAAGAGGCAGAAUAUGAAGGCAGAAUUCAGCUGGGAUCGAGUUCGAUUGUUUGAUAGAGACAUCGUACAAAUCUUGUAUGAUGACUGUAUGGAAGCACGAGGUGGGAAGAUUGAGAGCGUUUCUUCUAAACCGAAGACUAACUAUCGACCACAGCCACUAGAUACCGUAAAAUUUGAGAAGCUAGCUGUUCGUAAAUUGAAGAUAAGUGCGAAGAAAGCAAUGGAUAUCGCAGAAAGACUCUAUAAUAGGGGUUAUAUAUCAUAUCCCAGAACGGAAACAAAUAAAUUCGCUUCUGAUAUUGAUUUGUCUUCACUGGUGAGACAACUGGCAACUUCUCCAGAUUGGGGUGAUUUUGCUUCCGAGGUGUUGGAAUACGGUCCAAAUCCGCGAAAUGGUACAAAGUCUGACGAAGCUCAUCCACCAAUCCAUCCACUAAAGCAGGUUUCGGGUGACUCACUACAAGGAGAUGAUAGGCGGGUGUAUGAUUUAAUCGCACGGCAUUUUCUAGCGUGUCUUUCGUGGGAUGCUAAGGGUCAGGAAACUCAUGUCCGGGUGUAUAUUUACGACAAAUGGAGUGAUAAAAUAUUGCCCACGUAUGUUGAAGGAGAAGAAUUAAUUGAUUUCCAAUUACGAAUCGCUGAUGGACAAACACAACCACCAGAGCUUCUCAAUGAAGCUGAUUUGAUUGCUUUGAUGGACAAAUAUGGUAUUGGCACCGACUCCACUCAUGCGGAGCACAUAGAAAAAAUUAAGACGAGGAUGUAUGUGGGAGUUCGUGAAGAUGGACGUUUCAUUCCUGGUUUUCUUGGUCUUGCACUCGUUUUGGAUGAGCAACUGGAAAAGUAUCGGAGAAUAUUCCUGCAAACUGAGAUGAAAAUCGGUUUACUGUCAGAAAUGUUGCAAAACCUGAAAUUUUACGAGGUGAUGUGUCAUUCAUUUUAA